CAGUGAGAGCGGGCCGCCCCCUGCUGCUCUACUGGAGCCUCCUGUUUGCUUGGUUGUCCGCGGACAUAUAAAGGAGGCUCCGGCUGCUGGAGCUCCAGUUUCUCUGAGUUCUUAGUCCAGAAAACACAUCUAACCAUGAGUGGAAGAGGCAAAACCGGUGGCAAAGCCAGAGCAAAGGCCAAGACCCGCUCCUCUCGUGCCGGGCUCCAGUUCCCGGUCGGUCGUGUCCACAGGCUGCUGAGAAAGGGAAACUACGCUCAGCGUGUCGGUGCCGGAGCUCCGGUCUACCUGGCGGCCGUGCUGGAGUACCUGACCGCUGAGAUCCUGGAGCUGGCUGGAAACGCUGCCCGCGACAACAAGAAGACCCGUAUCAUCCCCCGUCACCUGCAGCUGGCUGUCCGCAACGACGAGGAGCUCAACAAGCUGCUGGGCGGAGUGACCAUCGCUCAGGGCGGCGUGCUGCCCAACAUCCAGGCGGUCCUGCUGCCCAAGAAGACCGAGAAGGCCGCCAAGAAGUAAACAUGGACCCUCUCUGACUGCUGGAGACAACACAAAGGCUCUUUUAAGAGCCAAC